GCUAUUAUUACUCUGCUUUCCAACAAAGUAUUUUCGCUCAUUCAUCCUGAAUGACGAAAAAGCAAUUAUGACUUAAGGGGGUGUUUGUUACAUGGGACUGGCCAGGAUCAGAUAGGUUAUAGUCCCAAUUUGGUGUUUAGGAAGGAAAAUCCAAAACACGCGAGUCACUUUUGUCUUGCCCUUUUUCGAAGCUUUCAUGAAUAACCUCUCAUCCUCUCACACGAAGUUGCUUCUGCCGGACCGUUCACCGACUCUGUUCGAGAUCUCGCCGGAUCGUUGGCCGCUUCUUUUCAGUUUGAAACCCUCAGGAAAGAAGAAAUUGUGGAAUUCAUUGGAGUUGGAGGCUUUGAGUUGAGGAAGAUUAUAUACUACUUCAGUCUCCAGUAGUAACUCUAUCUCCAUUGUUGAAGAAGCCCUAGUCAAGAGAUGGAUGGAAGAAAAUUAGUUGUGAUUCAAUCUAUUUGUUGGGGCUUUAUGUUUAUCUUCUUUAUGUACAUGUAUGUAGCGUGGCAAAGGAGAAAUGAAAGAGGUGUUAGGAAUAGAAUAACUAGGAAUACCGAAUUGCGUACAUCUUUUAUAGAUAGUUUGUGGGACAAUGAUGUCACUUGUAUUAGUCAAUUGAGGAUGGAUAGGAGAAUAUUUGUUAUUUUAUGUCGAUUAUUACGCCAGGAUGGAUAUGUGAAAAGAGAUGGUACUGUUACAUUGGAAGAGCAAGUGUGCAUAUUUUUGCACAUAAUUGCUCAUCAUACAAAAAACCGUACAAUUAUCAGUCGAUUCUAUAGAUCAGGGGAGACAAUUAGUAGAUAUUUCAAUUCAGUAUUGAAUGGGGUUUUGCGCUUACAUUCCAUUUUGUUGAGGCAUCCUGAACCUGUGUCGGAUAAUUGCUCGGAUGAUAGAUGGAAAAUGUUUAAGAAUUGUUUGGGAGCAUUAGAUGGAACUUAUAUUAAGGUGAAAGUACCUGAAAUCGCUAAGCCAAGAUAUCGAACAAGAAAGGGUGAGAUAGCAACAAAUGUCUUAGGUGUAUGUAACCCGAAUAUGGAAUUUAUAUUUGUAUUACCGGGUUGGGAAGGCUCCGCUUCAGAUUCCAGAGUACUUUGAGAUGCAAUAAGUAGGCCAAAUGGAAUAAAAGUACCAACCGCAAUGGAAGCUGGAGGUAGCAGUAACGAUAAUAGGGGGGGUGAAUCUAGGCGUACAUGGAGUAGAGGUGAGGAAGAAGCUUUGCUGGUUCUUUUAGAUGAAGCUGUAGCUAGUGGGCAACGUUGUGACACGGGAGCAUUUAAACCUGGUACACUUAAUAUGAUUGAGCGGCAACUGGCUGAAAUGUGUCCUAACUCAGGAUUGCGAGCAACUCCACAUAUUGAAUCGAAGCUAAAAAAGUGGAAGAAGCAAUAUGGUAUCAUAUACGACAUGCUGAACAAAAGUAGAUUUGGAUGGAAUGACACUCUUAAAUGUGUGGAGGUUGACAGUGACGAUGCUUGGAAAGCAUAUGUGCAGAGUAAUCCAAGUGCAAAAAGUUGGAGAGAUAAACCUUUUCCGAUAUAUGAGAGGCUUGCUAAUAUUUUUGGGAAGGAUCAGGCAACAGGACAUGGAGCACAAACUCCAAUUGGUUUAGUUAAUGAUAUAAAUAUGGAGCCUGACAAUGACCAAUUUGAUGAUGUGGGUUCUCCAAUGUCUAUGAAUCAAACACAUAGUCAACUGCCCACACAAUCCCAAUUAAGAGGUAAGAGGAAAGCUAAAUCGAAGGAUGUUGACAUCGUUAGCGGGUUAAACAAUAUAGCAGAUAAGUUUAUUGAUAAAUUGGCUACACAGUUAGACAAGUUGGAGAAGUCUGAUAUCAACUAUCCACAAUACUUAGCUAUGGAGCUUGACAGGUUAGGAUUCCCUAUUACUGACAAUCUCAAAAUCUCUAAGGCAAUGAGAUUGGAUCCAUCGAACGUUGAGGUUUUCAAGAUUAUUAAAACCGAUGCGCAGAAGAUUGAAUUUGCUUGUGGAUUUUUGGAUAACUAAAUUAGUAUUGUUGUGGAUUAUAUAUUUAUGGAUAUGUAUGAGAGGAUGACAACUAUGAACAUUUGGAAUUGAAACUUAUGGGCAUAUAUUGUAACGUAUUGAAUGUUAGUUUCUAAUUAUGCAUGUACGGAUAAUUUUAUUAUUA